AUGGACACACUGUUGGCUCCGCUGAGAGUUGCGAGCUCCAAGCCGGCGAGGAGGGCGUAUAUCACGACGUUCUUGCUGACGACGUCGGCGACGUUUUUGCUCCUGGUUGCUGCCGCGACUUAUGUGGCCUUUUAUAUGAACUAUAUACCGGACCUGAGCCAUAGGCAUAUGCUACAUUUGCAGUAUUCCCCCAACAAGCACCCCACGGCUCUCCUAAAGCUCCCCCCCGCCACCACAAAGGCAAACCAACACUACAUCAUCACCCUACACCUGCACCUCCCCACCACGCCCUCCAACCUCGCCCUCGGCAACUUCAUGACCUCCAUCACGCUGCUCAGCCCCACCAACGCCGCCAUCACGACCUCGCGCCGCCCCACCACGCUCACGCACCGCACGCAGCUGCUCGAAACACUCGACACGCUGCUCCGCGCGCCGCUGUACCUCUCGGGCCUGCAGUCGCAGUCGCAGCGCCUCGCCGUCACGCUCGUGGACGGCAGCUUCCCGCAGCAGAUUGCGACCGUCAAGGUCGUGCUCGAGGCCGAGGGCGUCGGCGUGUAUGGCGCGGAAGUGGAGUUCACGGCGCAGCUGGAGGGCCUGCGCUGGUGGAUGUGGAAUAGGAGGGUGCUGUCGUUUUUGGUGGCUACGGCGCUGUUCUGGGGGUUUGAGGUGGGGGCGAUGGCGGUGGUGUGGUGGGCGGCUUGGGCGUAUUUGGGCGGGGGCAAGGCGCAAGUGGAGGAGAAGGAGGAGAGGGUGGGUGAGGAGGGAGAGGCGGAGGGGGAGGAGGUGUAUGCGGAUGAUGAGGAGACGGAGACGGAGGGGGAGAUCAAGGUGGAGGAGGAGUCGGGGAGGGAGGUGUCCGUGGAUUCGGGGCUGGGGAGUAUGAGUGAGAGUGCGAGCUCGUCGAGGGCGAGGGCUGCGGAGGCGGGGCAGAGGAGGAGGAGGAGUCGGGGGAAGGAUUAG